AUGAUCAGAAAAGAAUUAUAAUUACUUAUAUCUGUUGCUGGAAUAUAUUUCUGCUAUUUUAAAGUAGGACUUAUUGAAGAACACUUGUAAUAUAUGAUUUUAUUAUUAUCAAGAUUUAAAAGUAAUUUUGGUUCUAUUGAUAGUAAUCCAUCUCCUAAAUUUGAAUUUUCUUCUAUUCUAAUAUUUCUACAAAUGUCAUUAUAUAAUUUAUUAUGUGUGACAAUGAUUUUUAGAAAUAAAAUAAAGUUUGUAUGUACUAUAACGGAAGGAUCCUAUUUAGGAUUACUAAAUUUUACAUCAAUGAUAGGUGCAUUAACAGCCUUAUAAUAUGUGAGUUUUCCACUUUAAGCUCUAGUUAAAAGUUGCAAGUAAGUAUUUAUGAAAAUUAUUGAAUCCUCUCAGUAUUAGUAGUUGGAUUAGUAUUUGGAAAUCAAAAAUUUACAAAAUAGUAAAUACUAUGUGGUUUAAUAAUUACAGUAGGAAUCUAUACUUUUAAUAUAAGUGAGAGUAAUACAUCUAAUAACACUUCUUCAAUCUUUGGAAUUAUUUUAUUGAUUGCUUCAUUAUUUUCAGAUGGUUGUCUAGCAACAUUAUAAAGUAAAUUCAAAGUAAAGAAAUUAGAAUAAUGGGAGAUGGGAUUUCAUAUUACUUUAUGGAGUUUCAUUGGCUCAAUAUUCUAUACUAUAAUAUAAGGUAAGUUUAUUUAAUUCUUAUCAUACAUUCAAUAAUAUCCAAAAGUUAUUCCAUAAAUAGGAUUUCUUACUAUUAAUUCAGUUUUAGGAUAAGUGUUCAUCUUUUAUUGCAUAAGGUAUAUUCAAUUUAAUUACUAUCCAGUUGUUUCUCUCCUAGAGUUUUAAGUCUUAUUACUACAACCAGAAAGUUUUUCACUGUUCUUUUAUCUAUUAUUAUUCAUAAUCAUAAUGUUAAUUAAAUACAAUGGAUUGCUAUUAGUUUAGUUGCUUUUGGAGUUACUAAGGAAUUACUUUUGGUAAUUUUGAAUUUACUAUAUUAAAUAGGGAAUGAGUUCAAAAAUCCAUAUAGAAAAGAAGAAGGAUUCUUACAUUAAACUUUCUUAUAAUGAUGAUUAAUAAUUAGAAUAAUAAUAAAAUAAUGAUGAUAAUUAAUUAUUAAAAUAUUAAUAAUAAUAAUAAAAUAAUGAUGAUAAUUAAUUAUUAGAAUAAGAAUAAUAGACCAAUAAUAAUAACAAAUUAGAAUAAGAACAAUAAUAAUGUACAAAUGAUUAUAAUUAAUAAGAGAAUCAUAAGAAACAAUAUAAUUGA